AUGGCCGCCAUUUCAGAAGUUGCUUCCAUGUCUCUGCCAUGGAUCGCAACUAUCGGAAUUUUCCCCCUUGUUGUCUACGUACUUCUGGAUCGAAUGCCUCCGCUGUGGCCGAUCUCCAAGAAGGCCUUCUUGAUCGGCCAGAAGAGGCCCGAGGCAGUGACCUCGUUCGAAUGUCCUUAUGCCUAUAUUCGCCAAAUUUAUGGCAAAUAUCACUGGGCACCAUUUGUGCAGAAGCUCUCCCCGACGCUUAAGACCGAUGAUCCAGCGAAGUACAAGAUGGUGCUCGAAAUCAUGGAUGCAAUUCAUUUGUGUCUGAUGCUGGUGGAUGAUAUUACCGACAACAGCGAUUACCGCAAAGGCAAGCCCGCAGCGCACAAGAUCUAUGGGUCUUCCGAAACCGCCAACCGGGCCUACUACCGAGUGACGCAGAUCUUGAACGAGACUGUGCAGCGUUUCCCGCAAAUGGCUCCCUUUCUGAUGCAGAAUCUAGAGGAGAUUCUGGCCGGCCAGGAUUUGUCUUUGGUGUGGCGUCGAGAUGGGUUGAGCAUGUUGCCUACAACGCCCGCAGAGCGUGUAGCGGCAUAUCGGAAGAUGGCUUCACUUAAGACAGGGGCCUUGUUUCGAAUGCUGGGUCAGCUGGUGAAGGAGGAUAAGUCGAUGGACGAGACGAUGACAACUUUGGCCUGGUGCUCCCAGUUACAGAACGAUUGCAAAAAUGUCUACUCUUCGGAAUACGCCAAGGCAAAGGGUGCUCUUGCAGAAGACCUGCGCAACCACGAAUACUCGUAUCCCAUCAUCCUGGCUCUUGAAGCUCCCGAUGGUCACUGGGUGGCCAAAGCAUUAGAGACCAGUUCCCCCCGCAAUAUCAGAAAGGCUCUGGCGGUGAUUCAGAGUGAGAGCGUGCGGAAUGCGUGUUUUACAGAACUGAAGAUGGCCAGCGCGUCUGUGCAAGACUGGUUGUCCAUCUGGGGGCGGAACGAGAAGAUGAAUCUGAAAAGUCAGUAG